AUGACAGGCCGUCAGAAUGAAUACUUCGUUCCAGGCGAUGGGAUCAACCGUGAGGUGAUUCAAGCCGAUAUCUGCCGCUACCUCGGGAAUGAUGCGCUCGUGAGGCCCGGCAAUCAUAGUGGUCGUCAAGGAUUCUUCAUCCGUGCCUAUCGAAAUCUGACCUCUGAGAUGAUUGCUGAUCUGAAAGCUGACUCCGCCCGUUGGGAAGCGGAGGCCUCGCGUGACGCCGAGGCAGGCCACCCGAGAGGUAGUUACAUUCACUACGUGAAACCAUCUCCGGCCCCGAACAGUGUCUCAGCGAAUUAUGCGACCUCGGCCAUUCACGAGGUUCGCCAACAACAGGGGCCCUCUCCAACCACAUAUAAUGCCGCUCCGGCUCAGCCCUAUCUGGACCCUUACAGUCAAAGUCCGUACAGUGCAGGCCAGAGUGCUCCUUAUCCCGCUCCUGCGUACACUUCUUCCCAUUCCCCCUACGGACAAGGCCAAGCUCCAUACCCUCCACCUCAAGUCACAUACUCUGGCUCUCAGCCACCAAUUGUGACCACAGCCGACACUCACCCCUCUUUAUACACCUACACGGCAAGUGGUCACAAUUACAGCGGCUACGAGGGGAAUUCCCGGAAUGCUCCCAGAUAUCCCGGCCCUGGUUAUGAUGAUUCAGACUAUUCUCCCGCAUCCUCCGGGAUUGGAUAUCCUGCCUCAACUUCUGCCGUGGAUGUACGAAUGACAAGUUCAAUGGAGCCCAGAUAUACCCCGGAGUACGAGCGCAGUAGACCCCAACCUACCAGGGAACGGGAACCUCACCGCGGACGGCGGUAG